CCCGUUGUGUCGGAGCGAGCAGAAAAGCCUGAUUUGCGAAUCUUGCCGCUUGGUGCAUCCAUCAUGAGCGGUGUCGGGUCAUCGAAUGGCAACGGUCUGAGAAAGCCUCUGAGGGAUGCUCUUCGAUUUGAUGGCUUCGAGGUUGACAUGGUUGGAGGCCGAAACUCCGGGACCAUGAAAGACAAUGAUCACGAAGCGAACCCUGGAGAUAUCUUAACCGAGAUUCGAACCCGACUUCAGCACGCGCUGGGAUACAAGGCAAACAUUAUCAUUAUCAACGGAGGUACGAACGACGCAGUGCGAACCAUAGACCCAGGCGGCGUAUAUGGUCGCAUGAAUGAUAUGCUCAAUGAUAUCUGGAACUCCGAGGACAUGGGAAAUGCUUGUGUCAUGUUAUCGACUCUUCUUGAUACUUCAGACGAAGCUGGCAAGGUUAACCGCAUUGGCAUGAACCAGGAGUAUCGACGACUGGUCAAUGACCGAGCGGCGGACGGUAGAUGCAUUGUGCUGGCUGAUAUGGAUCCACAAGAAGGGCCUCAACAUGGCUGGAUACGAGCGCGAGAGGCAGAACCUAAGUGGGCGGACUACAAAGACAAGGAGGAUCCACAUACGCAUCCCAAUGAUGAAGGGCAUCGUAAGAUGGCAUACAUCUUCUACAGAGCCAUCCUCAAGGCAGUCGCCCUCGGGCAGGUCAUGCCGCCGUCGACCAACUUUGAAGUGGCUGAUCCCGUUUGCGACAAGGUUUCUGGCUCAGGCCUCAAUCCGGGCGGUAAAACACAGAGAGGUACUGGCAACGAUGAUGAUGUCUAUCGUCAUUACAGCGAGGAGAUGGGGAUCAUCUGGUCAACGACCGAAAGCGAGUGGGAUCGUGACCAGUGGCGAUUCGCUCGACUCUUCUCAGACAAGUACGAUGACUUUGUUGCGUGGGUCAAAACCGGCACUGCAAAGAAUACCUUUGCUGUUUGGUCCAAUUCCGGAGAUGGAAAAGGAGAGUUCACGAAGCUUUCGACUGAUUUUGACCCUGGCAUGUACUGCGAUGCGGGCAGUCAACACUUCAUUGAUAUGAAUGGCGACGGCCUCGACGAUAUGGUCUGUAUUGAUGAAAAGGGCAACGCAUACCUCUCUAUCAACAAUGGAGAUGGCAGCAGAGGAGUGAGGCCGCCGACAUUCUACCAUCUAGGUCUGAUCAAGAGCACCGAAACAUCCAGCAGAGACAACGUGCGCAUGGCCGAUAUUGACGGCGAUGGAAGGGGCGACUACCUUGUCAUCGACAAGCUAGGCACUGUGACUGCCUGGCGAAACGGAUGGGUGGAGGACAAGCCCAAGUACUGGCAGGCUUUGGGUGUACGCUGGACUGAUCAGUACAGAAGAGAUAUCAAGGGCGUUCAGUUUCAUGAUAUCAACGGAGACGGUCGCGACGACUGGCUUUGGACGGACAAGACAGGCGCUACAACUACUUUCACGAACAGCCGCUCUUGCAAGAAGAAGAAAGAGGGCGAUGGUCUUAACGUCGCCUGGCGUCAAGGCUUCUUUGAGAAAGAAGGCACUGGGCCCACGCACAAGGGUGUUCCCGGCUACAUCACCAAGGAAGAGACCGAUCUCCGCAAACGCGUUCACUUUGCCCGGAUCUACGGUGGUUCAUCAUCCUUCGGCAACCUCUCGCUCAAAGACUACAUAUUCCUCGAGCAUGUGAAGCUCAGCAACGGCAUGCACAGCUUCAAGAUGCGCGCUUGGAAGAACACUGGCGGAGGCGCCUCCAAGCUCAAGAUGGACGGCAACAAGUACUGCAACAUGGUUGGUCACGCUGAUGGCCGCUCAGACUACGUAUGGACAUGGUCCAAUGGUAAGAUGGAACUCUUUGAGAAUCGAGGGAAGAAGGCCAUCGCCGAUAACGACGCUGAAGGCUUCUGGGACUGGAGUCCAGGUGUCAUCUGGACACCGCCUACAGCCAUGCACCGGCUGGACUUGCACCUCGCUGACUGGGACGGUGAUGGUGCAUGCGAUAUUAUCCACGUCAACCCCAACACCAACAAGUUGAGAGUAUUCAUCAACGAGUACCCUAAGACGAAGUCUUGGCAAUUCACCGAAAUCAGCGACGUGCCCAGCCUCCCCUGUCACGAGAAAAGAGGUGUUGGAAUCAACGACUUGGCUGUACGCUUCGCAGAUUUGACUGGCAACAAGAGAGCUGACUUUCUUUGUCUCCGCCCUGAUGGAUUUAUCACCGGACUCCUGCAUCAGGACGAUGGACGCUUCAAAGUGGUUGGGCAGAUCAAGGUUGCCGAGGGCCACGACAGAGCCAUGCUUCGCUUUGCUGACGUCAAUGGCGACGGAAGAGACGACCUCCUGUGGAUUGAGAAGUUCUCGGGCGAUACUUGGGUCUGGUAUAACGAAGGCGAAGAUGCCAGCAGACCACUAGGUUCUGCGUUCCACUGGCGUCAACAGACAGAGAUGGCGUACGCCGGUCUCGCUGCCGGAACAUGUCUCUUCUACACGGACCUGUCAGGCGACUUCCGAGCGGACGAGCAUUACGUCCUCGAGUCCAUCAACAACAUCGCCGAGACAUCCUUCAGCCCCGCCUGUGGUCUGAGCAAUGUCGAGGGCGAUGAUCCCGAGGGCGUUGUCGAUCCAGAUCUACCCGUGAGACCU